AUGGCAGCGCAGCUUGUUCCAGCUGCUGCAAUGGAGUGUAUCCUGAAGCCGGUGGACGCUCAUAUCCUUGGAUGUUCAGCUGUGGCAUCUUCUGAGACGGCGUGGUGGUGGAAGACCCUGGACCUGCUGAGCGUGUCCUGUGCUGACGGCGUCGCCUACGGGGCUGCAAUGGGCGCUUGCGGGAAGGACGCCAAGUGGCUCGUGGCUGCGCAGCUGCUGGUGCAGGGCCAGGCCCAGCUCCUGGAGAAGCACUGCAUCCUCUACAACGCGCUGGUGACAGCCUGCGAAAGAGGGCUGGCUUGGCCCUUCGCACUUCAUCUGUUGCCGGAGCUGAGCGCCGCGUCGGUAGAGAUUUCAGAUGUCACCUACAACGCAGCCAUCAGCGCGUGCGAGAAGGGUGUGGCUGCUGCUGCCGGCAUAGCAAGCUGUUACGAGGAGCUGUCGUCGAAGACGACCUCUUCUCUGUCAUCGUUGGAAAGCGGCGCGAGGGGGUAG